AUGCUACUGGUUAUUCUAUACUUUGUCCUAAAUUUCGCCGGAUUUCUCGCCUUUUUAGCAAUUUGGAAUCGUCUACCGAAGCCAAAACCAUUCGACUAUACCACUAUACCGGGUAUGAAAUUGAAUGUUUCAACGGCUGAGGAGAUUCCAGAAUUAGUAGCAAUGCCAGGAGAAAAAGUGGAUUUUGAGUUUAAAGGAAAUUUCGAGGAAAUCAAAAAGUUGAAACUUCCAGGUUCCUAUCUCCACGGCCAUCCCAAAUACUGUACUUCUAUUAAGCUAGCCUCCCUAAAAACGUCCAGUGGCUCUCAACAAAUCCACGUGGAUCAGAAUCUUUCAGAAGACGUGCAAAACCGUCUUCUGGUGACUUUAGAAGACGUGAAUUCAGAGGAAGACGUUAGAUGUGACGUUCCGCAAAUUCUGGAAAAUUUAAAACAAUGCAAAGUGCAAUUAAAAAAGACAAGGAAGUCUUUGAGCCGCCCGCUGCUUGUGGUUUUUGAUACUGAGAUUUGGGUGGAUGCUCACCCGAUUCCGAAAUUUAUCCCCAUCAUAAUCCACACCUCUGAAAUCAUCAAAGCCUGGUCCGACGACGAGCUUUUUCCCAAAUACUACGCCCAACUCUACUGGCUUCCCGGCUUCUCAAUGAUUACAGAGAUUUCCUAA